AGUGGGGGGUCGCGGCUGCUGCGUUCCGGCUGUGUAGCACAGUCAGACAGUGAUCGAGUUCGAAACGAUACAGACGUUUAUUAUUAUUAUAGACUGUACUGAGCUUUGUCGAAAAAGAGUUGUAUUACUUGACUCAUUUACUGGUUCAAAUUUUCAAUUCUACAGUGCUCGUUUGUAAUAUUGUGAUUGGAAUAAUUGAAUUAUUAUUGCAAUUGGUGUGAAAUCAGUCAAAUAAAAGAGAAUUUAGAAGCCAAUUGAUCUUCUAUCACUUUCUUAUUGAGGUUAAGUUAGCAUAUAGAGAAAUGGCAAGCCAAACAACAAGACUUGCCGUUUCCAUAGCAAACGAGUGCACUGAAAUCACAUAUGAGAACCAGAUGAAAAUGUGCAAAUUACCUUUAGAAAAUAACUUUGACUUUUCGGAGGCGUCCGCCAACACUGUCAGGCGAUAUUCUUAUGGCCCAUCUAACCCACCGGGGAGUGACAGGAGCAAAACGGUUUUACUGAUGGGAGGAACCGGAUCGGGAAAGACGACGUGGAUCAACGCCAUGAUCAACUAUGAGCUGGGAGUCGAAUGGGCCGAUCCUUUCCGCUUUAGACUCGUCGACGAGGUUCUCCAAGGAGGGUCACAAGCUCACAGUCAAACCCAAGAUGUUACUGUCUACCACCUUCACUACCGAGAUGGAUUUCAAAUUCCCUUUUCGCUGACUAUCGUAGACACGCCGGGAUUCGGAGACACUGAAGGAAUUGAGCGAGACCACAAAAUCACAGAGGCCGUUGCGAAACUCUUCAGAGAUGAAAAUGGCAUCCAGGAAUUGGAUGCAGUGGGCUUCGUCGUCAAAUCGUCUGAUGCCCGUCUAACUCCUUCACAAAGUCACAUUUUCGAAUCGGUCAUAGGUAUUUUCGGCCGUGACGUUAAAGAAAACGUCCGUUUCCUAGCCACUUUCGCCGACGGAAAGCGACCGCCGCUUGUCUUAGGAGCGAUCAAAGAGGCCAAACUUGCCUGUCAGACGGAUUCCAGCGGAUUGCCGUGCUAUCAAAAGUUCAACAACGGCGCCAUUUACGUCAGCAAUCAAGAUGAAGAGGACGAGUAUUCACCCAUCGAUUGGAGAAACGGAAUGAAGAAUUUCAAGGAGUUUUUCGACGAGUUAUCAAACAUGCCAACCAAAUCGCUGCAUUUGACCAGAGAACUCUGGGAAACGGCCAACAACAGUGCACGUAUGAUUUACCAAGGUGCCACGGCAUCUGCCAGUGCCAUAAGUCACAUGAGAGCUACACUGGGAAUAAUCGACAAGAUUUGUCGAAAUCUACUAGAACUGAAAGGAGACGUCAAGGAAUUUCAAAUGAAAUGCAAUUUCGCCAAAACAGUGGGAACAACGUCCAAUGUAGCCGGUGCCGCAUUGGGUGUAGGUGGAGUUGUUAUGGCUCCCUUCACUGGUGGAGCUUCUUUAGUGUUGACUGUUUCUUCGCUGAGUGCCACUGUGGCCGGAGUGGGCAUCAAUUUGACCACGGAUUCCAUAAACCGAAAAAAGACCGAAAAAUAUCUCGAGACCAUCAACGAUCUUCUUUCCGAUUUAAAUCAGCGCUGCGAGGAACUAGACGCUAUUCUGGACAAUUAUAGGACAGCCGUCAGUGGGUUGGAGCAGAGCCAUGGAUUGAAUGAAGGCAUGUCGGCUUACAUCAUCAAAAAAUUUGCCCUAGACUACAAGCGAAUUUUGAGUGUCACUGGAAGUGUGGCCGCCUUCAAAGCAGCGAUCGACCUGAGCCGAACAAUCGAAAUCGCCACUUCCAUCGGCACGUUAACUACAACAGCCACAGGAGGCGUGUCAUAUGUCAUCACGCGUUCGAUGGGCGAGCUCACCGCAGUCGAACUAGCAGCCAUCAACAAUUUGGGAAAGGUCGUCUUGGGUAGGACGACCGCCAUCUUCAGAGUUUUUACGAAUACUAUGAUUGUAGUUAACAUUGGUGUCGUCGUGUUUGAUAUCUAUUCACUGGUAAAGGACUGGAAGCGCCAUCAUCCGGCAGUCGAGGCCAUCGACGACGCCAUUGAAAAAUUAAACACAGCCAAAACUGAGAUCGAAAAUAACCUGUCUAUCAUGGAAUGAUUACACUUGUCAAUCUCUCGAAUUUUCCUCUAUGAUAAAUCACAAUUUAAAAAAACGUAUUUCAAUUCUGCAAGAUGCUGAUAAGUGAAAAAAUACUCACCAUAAAAAACUACUCCCCACUUCAUUAACUCGCAUUAACUCUAUUUAGGCAUUUCAACGCUAAACAUUGAUUCGUUUUUCGGACAUUACGAUUCGUUUUAGUGAUUCAGAACCCACAUGUCCUGUUGCGCCCACAAACCAAGAGUAGACGAAAUUCGAAAGAAAACCGCAAAUCAUUCUGAAACAGCAAACUAAGACCAUCAAGGAAUUGCUCCCCCACUGCCUGGAUCAACAAACUGAAAGAGUCCUUUUGAGGUUGCAAAGGAAAUGCGGAAAAUUCUAAGUGCUCGCUGUGCAGGACCUAGAGAUGGGCAACGCUCUCCAACGGGCAAACUCUGGCCGAAAAAACGAAUAUAGCAAAUAAAAGCAAAAAACUAUAGUCUGUAAGAAUCGUAAGAAUAAUAAUAAAAAAAACUUUCGUUAAAGUCCCGCUUCGACGCACCUUUCAAUAUUUUCAAAUCUUCUUUUCAACUUCAUAAAUUGCCACCCUUGUUUGUUUUGUUGCAGUAGCGUGUUAGAUAUAAUAAAUUGCAAUAAUUCAGAAUUUCAAAUUUUUUGUUAUGAUGACAAGUCACAUUGAUACGUAAAAACAAAUCUGACAAGAUUCAAAUUUAUUUCCAAGUCUAAUAUAACCAUAGUAGGAAAUGAACAAAAUUUAGACUUUUUCCCCUCUUCCGUAACGUCCGUAACCAGAUAUUCUUAAUGUAAUAAAAACCCCUUUGCCUAAGGUUGGGAACAACUGCUGGUAAAAAGAUGAAUGCUUGCUCUAAAUUUGGAAUACACACUACGUCAUAUUC